UUCCCUGUAUUGGGGACAGAAAAUACGUUGUCCACUUGAUUUCUAAUCUAGCGAACAACUAAAAAUCCCGAAUCUUCUUCUUUUCAGUGACCAAUAAGAUUGCACUGUACCUAUUCCGGGUCAAGUUUUUGCGAGAUAUAUUAUUAUUGUAUAUAUAUGCAGAUGUGGUGAAAUUGCUCCCAGUGGAAAUCCGAAUACAUAAAGGGCGGCGAACCUUUGAUCCCCAAAGUCGUGCUUUCACACGGUGGCCGGUAACUGAGCAAAACUGAAAACGGAGAGGAAGAAGUGACCGAAUGGGGGUAGCGGCGGAAGCUCAUAACGUUAAAAUUUUGGGAUCAGGCACCGAGUACAUCGUUCUGGGUCAUGGUUUCGGCACGGAUCAAUCUGUGUGGAAACACUUUGUACCUUAUCUCGUCGACGAUUACCGUGUCGUUCUCUACGAUAACAUGGGCGCCGGUACCACUAACCCUGAGUACUUCGAUUUCGAGCGCUAUUCCACCUUAGAAGGAUACGCGUCUGAUUUGCUUGCCAUUUUAGAAGAGCUCCAAGUUGAAUCUUGCAUUUUCGUUGGCCACUCGGUUUCCGGAAUGGUUGGUGCUAUUGCUUCCAUUGCUCGCCCCGAUCUCUUCACCAAGCUCGUUAUGGUCGGCGCUUCCCCAAGGUAUUUGAACGACGUGGAUUACUAUGGAGGGUUUGAGCAGGAAGAGCUGAACCAGCUGUUCGAUGCUAUGGCGACGAAUUACAAAUCGUGGUGCAGCGGGUUCGCUCCGCUGGUUGUGGGCGGAGACUUGGAGUCCGUGGCGGUGCAGGAGUUUAGUCGAACGCUGUUCAACAUGAGGCCGGACAUAGGGCUGAUGGUGUCGCGGACAAUAUUUCAAAGCGAUAUGAGACACAUUCUGAAUCUUGUGAGUGUCCCCUGCCACAUCAUCCAGGCGGAGAAAGACAUGGCGGUUCCGGUGGUGAUCUCGGAGUUCCUCCACCAAAACAUCGGUGCUGAGUCCAUCGUGGAAGUUAUUCCCACCGAAGGCCAUUUGCCGCAGUUAAGCUCGCCGGAUAUCGUUAUUCCGGUGCUGCUCGAACACGUUCACCUUGAGAUUGAGUCAAGAAGAGUUAGAGCGUAGAGGUAGCAACUCUGUAGUAGUGGGAAUCAAAUGUCCAUUUCGCUGUGGUUCGUGGUGGGUUGACGAUCUCUGAACAGCGAGAAAAAGAACAAGGGCAGUAUGUCGUAAAUGUCAUUAGAUGUUUUAAAUCUAGGUUUAGUAACUCGUUUGUUUUUUUAAUUAUGAACAAAUUCUGUUUUAGCUUUUA